AAUUGCUAUGCAUCUAGUUAUGUUCGGCAGAGAUAAUUGAACAUUGGACUAAACACUCAAACACAUAAAAAUAUUUUUUACAACGUUCAAACUAGCACUAAUUAUCUAUUUAUAUAUUUGUUUAUAUUGUAUGCAGUUGUAACAAAGAACGGACUGAAGAUGCAGCCUGCAGUCCUGUGUCUGAUCCCUCUGACUGCGAUGAUCCACUUGGCAACCGGACUGGUGGAGAACGCAGACGUGCCGCUUCACCUCGCGCAAUGCUUCGGAUAUUUUAAACGUAAGACAACAUUGGCGCGCACCCCGGCAGGCGCCAUACAGCACUACUGUGAUAACAACUACAUGUGGAUGAAGGCCGUGGAGUUGAAUGCCAACAGAGGAGCACACGCGAGUGCUAGGGCCUACUUUAACCAUCUCGCCAAAGAUUUUAAAUUCGACAUAAAGAUGAAAAGAAUGGGGAGGAAAAAAAGACAAGCUGGAGGUCCUCCAACGAAGCCUAAAGUGAGGAAAGAAAUCAGAAUGAUGACUGACAAAGAACGCGAUCUCUUCUUUGAAGCUGUUAACAGCGCGAAGAAAAAUACGACGAUCAGCCCUAACAAAUACGACGCUAUGGCUGAGAUGCACACUGGCAUUACGGCCAUUUCCGCACACGGUGGCUGCGCCUUUCAUCCGUGGCACAGACUCUAUAUUCAAAUUUUUGAAAACGCAUUGCGGGAAGAAGGGCCGCAGUUUUCCGAGGUUACAGUUCCAUACUGGGCAUCAGACCUUGACAACUACAUGACCGAUCCCACAGAAUCCGCGUUGUUCAGUGAGCGGUUGAUGGGGACCGGGCAGGGUGAGGCUAAGGGAGGGAUAAUGCUGGAUGGAUGGGACUCCACUACCGGCGUAAUCACGAGAAACCUUGGUACUGACGGGCCUCUUCUCAACGACAUGAUGAUUUAUAACAUAACUAAGCAUCAUAGAAUGAUAGACAUUUGUGGUGAGGAUUCCGACAUUGAUCACGACUUGGAAUUCCAUCACAAUGGUAUUCACAGAUGGAUUGAUGGACAGAUGGCUGUCCUGGCUUCUUCCGUGUUCGACCCUAUCUUUUGGCUGCACCAUGCGUAUAUUGACAAAAUAUGGGAAGACUUUAGAGAAAAUCAAAAGCGCCACGGUAUUGAUGCGGAAACCGACUAUCCACCAAACCCAACCACUAUGGGUUCCCAUGAACUUCAGCUUCCUGAAGCAAAAGUAGGAUUUGAAAAUCUAACUGUUCUUGAUGGAUUGAGUAACAUUUUUACGGAGGAAUUUUUUACAUAUGCACCCACUCCGACCUGCAACAACCCAAAGCUCGGUUGCGGUUCCAAAUACUUGAAAUGCGUUAAGAAUGAAGACACAUCCGUGAACAAAGAUCCUUUCAGAUGCGUGGGCAGGACACUGAGGGAAGUUGAAGAGUGGGAAGCUGAACAAGCAAAACCCACAAGUGAACCCUGCGUGCUUGGUGAAGCGAAUUUCACAAAACCAAUAUACAUCCCACCUAAAGAAACAAAGCCUGUUCAAAACACGUUCUGUAUGAACAGUAACAGUGACACCGCGCAAUGGGUUUACCUACCAAUCAAACUAAUCAUAAGACGCCCUCCGGAUUUCAAAAGUUAUGGUUCAUAUCCAGUUCAACGAGGACGAAUCAAUAAACUGGGAGGAGAUAUAUAUUCACCAUCUGCUUACUCCAACGUCAAUCGGUAUCUAUCAAAGCGACCAGAAGACCCAAAGGCUUAUGACCAAUGUCUGGAAUCGGACUCAAUGACCAGCACAAUAUACAUCAAAUCUGUCGGCCUCAAUUACGAAGGCGUGUAUAAAGAGUAUGCAAUUAUGGAUAAACGUCUGGCUAUAACUGUUGCAACUGCCUAUGUGGCUGUUAGAAGACCACUAUCACCCACCGAUGCAUCUGUGUCCAUUCUACACGCUCAAGACUCGUGUGGCCGUGUCUGCAAACCAAUUUGCAAAGUACCUGGUUCUGACGUUUUCAGACCGUGCUCUGGCGCAGUCAAAGUUUCAGGAGGUCACCCUCUUCAGUUCGGAAAUUCAUUUGGCGAUGCUGUUUUACAAGUUUUUGACUUUGCAAAGGAAAAGGACUGCCCCCAGGUAUCGACAGAGGUGGUGAUAAUGAGUUUUUACUGUGACUACAGUACCGCGUGGAUUUGGCCAUCCGUUGAUGCUCCCAGAGAAAAGAUAACCCCCCCUGCACCUGUAGUCAAACCAGGAUGUAGAAUUAGUCCUCAAUGCACAGUGGACCGGCCUUGCAAUAACAUUGAUGCAAACUGUGUGGAUAACUCGUUCUUGGACUGUGUGGAUUCGUGCCACGUCUUCGCCAAGUGUGUCAGAGGUUCAUAUAUGCUCUUCCAGUGUAGAAGGGGAGAACGGUAUCUGUCAGGGGUGGGAUGUGUCAACUCAAGAGCCAAUCCAUGUGAUUAUAAAAAAAACAAAGGGCCACGGAAUAGUCGUAUGAGAAGGACAGCAAGAGCUAUGAGAUACCAUAAGUUGCCGUUCUUGGAGUAAAAUCGUUCGGACAAUCCAACAGCAUAAUAGUGUCGUGUAAAACGUUGUUAUUUAUUUAUCAAGGAAAACAUUCACGGGGUAUCUACUUUGUUAAUAUAACGUUUGUUCUGCUACAGGAGUUUUACAUUUUUGAAGUGCCUUGUCAGGCUAGAUAAACACUGGUCUUAAACAGAUUUUCACACAAAUUGAGAAGUAUCAGUAGUAAUAAUAUAGAGCCCGUUCGAAGGGAACCCCAGGGGUGGAAAAGUCUUCUGGUAAUUUCAUGUUUAGAAUGUCAAAACCUUUUCUACUUUGACUGAACAUCCCUCUGCUUAGUAAGAUUUUUUAUUCAAUUCUGUCUAUAUUUAACAAUCAUUCAUAUGUUCAUGUAUGUUCUAGAUUUCUGCAAUACAAUGGUCGAACAAUUUCAUUACGUUGGUUAAACUAACAAACGCAUUGUCUCUUAUUUCCUGCUCGCUGUUACGCUGCGGUUUUGUGCGUCAAUGAUAGACGUACGGUUUACGUAAGAAAACUAUUAAACGUUAUGCUAAUUCACGCUAUUACACAGAACUUGGCAAUAAAUUGAUGUUAAUUGAUCUCACUCAUUCAUUUCCAAGUAUUGUGUUAUUUAAAUUCAGAUGAGUAGAAAUGUUAUUUAAAGUCCGUAUAAGUAAACAUACUAUUUACAAUAGUUGCCCUUUUUAUAGAACAAUUCAGCAAAAUGGUUUAAGUUUAAUUGUAUUGGUGUUGUUUACAAAAAGCAAUUGUUAAUGAUUAUGUUAAGGCUAAUGCGUGUUAAGCUGUCCGGGAUUUGUCUCAUUAGUUCGAUCGUGAUAUUUUUAUGUCUAGACAGUUAUAACAACAUUUUGCGUGUAUAAAAUACACUGUAUAUACUGAUUUAGUGUAACAGUAUACUUACUGAUCCCUUGGUUAACAUGACUUGAAACCAAGUUAUGAUUUAGCACCAUAAUGCACUCAUCCAUUAACUUCAUUUGUUACAUAAUGUUAUUUAUUAUAUACACAGUGUGCUAUUUUGUGCAAUAAAACGAUUCAUCAUGA